CUUCUGCCUACACGCCCAAUGAGUGUGGUCGCCGUCCCGGAGACCCUAGUCUGUCUCUGCGUUCCCUGUCACCACUGCCACCAGCUCCGCCGACGAGGGCCGCUGGCUGCCCCCCGAGAUGCCCUGGAGAGCUGGUGCUUUGGUGGCGGGUGUCCUCCACCACGUCCGAGUCUGGAAACAGCCCCCGAGCUGGUAGCUGCUUCGACGCCGAAUGGACAUUGACCCGCGAGUGGUUGCCGGCUUGGUGCCAAGCUGAGGGGUGCCGGUGGACGCGCGUCCGGAACCCCCCCGAGCCCGCUGGCCUGCGCGGCCAUGAAGAUGAUCCUGGUGCGCAGGUUUCGCGUGCUCAUCCUGGUGGUGUUCCUGCUGGCUUGUGCUUUGCACAUUGCUGUUGACCUGAUACCUAAGCUGGACCGGCGCGCCGCGCGAACCUCCGGGGAGCCCGGCUGCUCCUGCGCUCAGCCGGCGGCAGAGGCAGCUGGCCCAGGCUGGGCCCAGGCGAGGAGCCAGGGGGAGUCGGCCGGUGGCGACGCAGGCUGGCCCAACAAACACACACUGCGCAUCCUGCAAGACUUCAGCUCAGAUCCAGCCUCUAACCUAACCUCCCACUCCUUAGAGAAGCUGCAUCCUGCGGCGGAGCGGGUUGAUCACGCCCCACGGGGUCAGGAGGCCGGCUCCCCGCCACCCCAUGACCCCGUGCACCGGCCACUGCUUCGAGACCCCGGGCCACGACCCCGGGUGCCACCCCCUGGCCCCAGCGGGGACGGAUCGCUCUUAGCCAAGUUGUUUGAGCACCCGCUCUACCAGGGGGCUGUGCCUCCGCUGACAGAGGACGACGUCCUGUUUAAUGUGAACAGCGACAUCAGGUUUAACCCCAAGGCAGCAGAGAAUCCUGACUGGCCACAUGAAGGUGCUGAAGGCGCCGAAUUCCUGCCCACCGGUGAGGCAGCCGUGGAUCUGUACCCUAACUGGCUGAAAUUCCACACGGGCAUCAACCGGUAUGAGCUGUACUCCAGACACAACCCGGCCAUCGAUGCCUUGCUUCAGGACCUUGGCUCGCAGAAGAUCACCAGCGUCGCCAUGAAGUCGGGGGGCACGCAGCUGAAGCUCAUCAUGACCUUCCAGAAUUACGGGCAGGCGCUGUUCAAACCCAUGAAGCAGACGAGGGAGCAGGAGACGCCACCCGACUUCUUUUAUUUCUCUGACUACGAGAGGCACAACGCAGAGAUCGCUGCCUUCCACCUCGACAGGAUCCUGGACUUCCGCAGAGUUCCUCCGGUGGCUGGCAGGAUGAUCAACAUGACCAAGGAGAUCCGGGAUGUCACACGGGAUAAGAAGCUAUGGAGAACCUUCUUUGUGUCUCCAGCCAAUAACAUCUGCUUCUACGGAGAAUGUUCCUACUACUGUUCCACGGAACACGCCCUGUGUGGGAGGCCGGACCAGAUCGAAGGCUCCCUGGCGGCCUUCCUGCCUGACCUGUCGCUGGCCAAGAGGAAGACGUGGCGGAACCCCUGGCGUCGUUCCUACCACAAGCGAAAGAAGGCAGAGUGGGAAGUGGACCCCGAUUACUGUGAGGAGGUGAAGCAGACGCCACCCUAUGACAGUGGCCACCGAAUCCUGGACAUCAUGGACAUGACUGUCUUUGAUUUCCUCAUGGGGAACAUGGACCGACAUCACUACGAGACCUUUGAGAAGUUCGGGAAUGACACCUUCAUCAUACACUUGGACAACGGGCGCGGGUUCGGGAAAUACUCACACGAUGAGCUGUCCAUCCUAGCGCCUCUUCAUCAGUGCUGCAGGAUCAGGAGGUCCACCUACCUGAGGCUGCAGCUGCUGGCCAAGGAGGAACACAAGCUGAGCCUGCUGAUGGCCGAGUCCCUGCGGCAGGACAAGGUGGCGCCAGUGCUCUACCAGCUGCACCUGGACGCCCUGGACCGGCGGCUGCGCAUAGUGCUGCAGGCCGUGCGAGACUGCGUGGAGAAGGACGGGCUGAGCAGUGUGGUGGAGGACGACCUAGCCGCUGAGCACAGAGCCUCCACGGAGAGGUAGUGACCGCGCUGCCCACGAGCACGGAGGAGCGCAGAGCCUGGCCACCUGUGAAUUCAGUGAAUUCGGACCGGCUUGAGUCCUCCCCACCCGAGGGAGGGAGCAUGGCGUCUCCCUCACGGCUUUGAGAAGGAUGUGUGGGCCUCCGGGUCCAGCAGAGACCAGACAUGCAACAGAGUGGCCAGAAGGAGGCACUCCAUCCUUCCUACAGGGAGGCACCUCUACUCACUGUUUUGUACUUAACGACAGGCUCCCGCUUCCGCCGAUGGACCACCACCCAGGGAACCUCUGGGCCACUUCAAGGACCUUCCGUGAUGUGCUCACGCUCUGGUCCUCAAGUAAAAUCCACUUUCUGCUCUCCAACCUGGGGCCUCCUCUCUCAGAGGCUGGAGCACUUUAGGGAGGGGAGGCCCUGAUGGACAUCAUGGCCUACGAAUAAACAGAUGGGUACCCAAGAAUGGGUUCCUGGAUACAGAUGACCAGCUAUCCACUUUUCCACCGCUGCACAGUAGCCAGGCCUUGCUAGUUGGUGGUGGGCACUGCUUGCCUUAGCUGAACUCUGGACAGUGGGUGUCAAGGCAUUAUGCAGGGCCCAUGGCCCCAGGGACACUUCUGUGCAGUAGUUUGCAGUGAGGUAACAGUGCAAUAAAGAUACAGCAAGCGUG